GCAUUCUGUGCAUAACUUGAUAAAACUAAAAAGCUUUUACACCCUGUGCUUUUCCCCACACUAUGGUGAAAAUCGUAAUGUAAACAGAGCUCAGCUGUUUAGUGCAAGAAACUGCCGAAUGGAGUCCUCAAAAACAAAAACAAAACACGAUCGUGCUACGCAGGAGCAGUUGCAGCGUUUUGUCUCAUUUGUCCGGGCUAAUCCUGAUAUGGGGAAAGGAAAGAAUAACCCGAAGUCGCCACAGAAAAUGCAGUGCUUAUGGAAUCAGUUGGCGGACGAGUUGAAUGCAUUGAGGGGACCAACACGCACCGCAGUAAAGUGGAAAGAGACCCUCGGAGUUUGGAAGAGCCAAUUGCGUACGCGAGCACGCAGAUUAAAAAUGAGUCAAAGGAUUACUGGUGGCGGUCCAGGUUGCAAACAGCUGAGCGAAUUUGAAGAGCGUGCUUUGGCCACUUUUGGUUCGGCUGCAGUUGGUGGCGUAGGUGUUGAAAGUUUUGGGCUAAGGCCAUCAAUGUCUGAAGAGUUAUUGGUGGAGUGCCCCGCGUCUACAUUGGCGAGUACAUUGCCGAUUCCGGCACCACAGAGCCCAGCACUGUUAUUGAACCCUUCACCAUCGCCGGCCGUUGCACCGAUAUCAAUCAUUGUGCCAUCGCAAAGCGUUUUACCACUGUUGAGUCCCACAUCAUCGCCGACCACCGCACCGAUAUCAAGCAUUGCAACAUCACAAAGCGUUUUACCACUGUUGAGUCCCACAUCAUCGCUGACCACCGCACCGAUAUCAAGCAUUGCAACAUCGCCGAGCGCUACACAGUUAUCGAGUUCUUUACCAUCGCCGCAUGCAUCAACGUUGUUUGACGUGGAAAUUCCAAAUGAUACCCUGUUGGAUGUCGGCUCAUCGCGUCCAUCACGUGGGGAACGAAAAAAACUUAUGAAUGCCCUCAUUGCUAAUAUAGCAAAAAGAGGUACCAUCGAAGAACAGAGGCAACGUCGCGACGAGGAACAACGCCAGGAGCACCUUGAAACGAUGCAGGCUAUCAAAGGGCUAACGAGCUGUGUGGCUGAGCUAAUACAGGUUUUGAAACCAAAUUAAAUAAACUUGCCAAACAAGUUUUAACUAGUGCUGAAAUCUACUUAAAGUACCUGCCAAAAUUGUUGAUGUUAAUUUUUAUUUGGCAAUGUUUUAUAAAAAUAUACAGUGACCAAACAAUAUUGUACAGGGAUGUGCCUAAUAUGUUCAUAAUGUUUUGAAUUAGGAAUUUUAUUCGGCAUUUUUUUAUAAA